AUGGACCGUAGAAAGAGCAUUGGACUUGUGCUAGCUGAAAAUGCAAGCUCAAGUCCUCUACGUCGACGUUCAGGUUUUGCUGUGCGAGUAAAUACUGCAGAAAUAGAGGUUAACGAUGAUGAGGCAGAACGACAAGUAUUACGCACUGAAAAUAAUGGUCCAGUUGCUCCACGACCAUCAACAAGUCGCCGUUCUGUUCAUCUUGGUGCAGUUGUAAAUAUGUCGACUCCACAAAUAGCUGAAGGAAUGGCUCAGUGCAUCAAACUGAGCACUCAAAAUAAAAUCAAUAUUAAAAAUGCUUUCAGUUUGAAUAUGAUUGAUUUUAUGACAUACAUGGUACGUAAUAAAAGUGAAGGUAUACCAAACCUUCAUGUAGCUGGAACUACACUUGAUGUUAGCGCCAAGAUCUAUGCACUGAGAGUAGAUGCUUUGUAUCAAGAUACUUUGAAAAUGAGUGGUAAUUUGGAUACGAAUCAUAAAAAACAUAACGUCAAUGAGGAUUCGAAUGAUGACAAUACUACUACGGAAAACGGCGAAGAUGAACAAAAUAAUGCUAAAAAAAAGAAAAAAAAGAAGAGAGGAAGCCAGAAAAUUCUUACAACGAUCGAAGCUCUCCAAGGAAAAGUUGAUACGGUUGAUUACACUCCUGUAAUGUUUGGAAAUAGUGACUGUCAGACAACGAAUAUGCUGUAUCAAGCUUCUUUACCGCAACACUGUGGUUUAGGUAUCAGUUUAAAUCCUUACAACGAUGUAAUUAUUGAUUCAGCCGAUGAAAAUACAGAAAAUAACGAUGAAACACGAAUAGCUUGGCCACCAAUAAGAGUAGAUUUUGCUAAUCAACAGAUAAAUAACCUUUUCUCAACAUUCGAAAUUCUCCAUUGGUCUGUUGAGCAAGAUGAAGGUGAACCAUCAAAUAUGUCUUCUCAAGAAUCUUUUUCUCAAGAUGACGAUAAUCUGGCCUUUGAUCUUAACGCUAGUGUACCACCCGAGGAAGAUGAAAAUAAUGAUGGGAACUUUUUUUAUGCUGAUGAAAAUCACGAAGAAGAAGUUGAAAUUGGUUGUAAUGCCCAAAGUCGAGCACCCUGCGUGGUUGCUGAUCUGAAAAAUCUAAUGGAGCGAAUGCCUAUGAAUAAAAAACUCGAGUAUUCAAUCUUUAAUGAAGGAGUGGAUAUUCGUUGGGUUGGACCUUCUCACUGGAAAAUUAAAAAACUUACUAAUAAUAAUACACAAAAGAGUAAACUUGAAGCUUGUCAACAAAAUCCGAAAAGGAAAAAAAAAGAUUUAAACAUUCAAAGUAGUGAUGAACAAAUUGAAGCGGCUGAGGAAAAAAGCAAAUCAAAUAAAAAAAACGCAACAGUUUUAAAAAAUACAACAAUUAAAGGUUCUUGGUCUUCAAGAAAAUUGGUAAUAUCGAAAGAAAAUUAUGAAGAAGAUGAUACAAAGGUAUGUAAGUAUUAUGUACGAUUAGAUGAGCUAUCUUUCAAAAAUUAUCUUGAUAACAAUAAUUCAGUGGUUUCUGACGACAACAAUCCAUAUGACUAUGAAAAUGGCAAUGAUACUUUGAAUUAUUGCUCAAAUGUUCAAGCUGAUGAUCAUCAACAUGAUGACAUUGGUACGGCGGCUAACGAUAGUGUUUAUGAUGAUGGAUCUCAACCAAUUGCCUUCACGAACAAUAAUUUAAUUGAGGCUCCAAAAUUAACUCAAAAAAUAUACAUUCCUUUCUCACAGAGAGCAAAAAAAUUGGAUGUUCGCCAUUUAAAAAAAUGUAUUUGGGGAACGUUAACAGAUAAUCAAAGUGACAAAGAAAAUGAAAGAAAUGAAAGGCCACUUCCAAUAAUCAAAGAACAAAAAAAAUUCAGUGACAUUUAUACCCAACUUCCAAAAAUGCUUUCAAAAAAUGAUGCUGAAGACUUAAGUUUUCCAAUCGCUUUUGUGUCAUUACUUCAUCUUGCCAAUGAAAAAUGUUUAUCUAUAACUUCGGGCGAAAAUUAUGCGGAAAUUAUUAUUGGAUCAACUACCCAAUAG